AUGUGGCUCAUCAAUACAGAGACGCUACAGCUGGAGGAAAUCGAGGACCCCUCCGCCACUGUCUACGCCAUCCUCUCCCAUACCUGGGGCGAGGAGGAAGUCACCUUCAAGGACAUAAGUUGUCUUUCGAAAGCAGAGAAAAAGAAGGGUUUUGUAAAGAUUGCAAAAACAUGCGAAAUUGCACGACGCAAAGACCUCAAGUAUGCCUGGGUAGACACGUGCUGUAUCGACAAGACGAGCAGCGCGGAGCUCAGCGAGGCCAUCAACUCCAUGUUCCCAUGGUACCAACGAUCGGCCGUCUGCAUAGUCUACCUGGCAGACCUCGCACCAUCGGCGAGCACCCAAGACCCAGAAACCCCAUCAUCACCCUCGACGGCUCCGCCGUCCAGCAAGACGGACUCGCUCCAUGACCUAUCGGACCUUGGCUCCUGCAGAUGGUUCAGCCGGGGCUGGACGUUACAAGAACUCAUAGCGCCAGCCAACGUAGAGUUCUACGACGUCGACUGGCAGUUCCGCUUCACCAAGGAAGAAGUGGCGUCGAAGCUGUCGUCCAUCACCCAGAUCGACGUCGGCGUUUUGAGGAUGACCAAGCCCCUCAAAUCUGUGCUCGUCGCCGUCAAGAUGUCAUGGGCGUCGAAACGCCAGACGAGGCGGCCCGAGGAUAUAGCUUACUGCCUCCUCGGCAUAUUCGACAUCAACAUGCCCAUGCUUUACGGCGAGGGAAGCAAGGCUUUCCUGAGACUACAAGAACAAAUCGCCACUCAGUCCGACGACGCCUCUCUAUUCUCGUGGCAUUCCACCGACGCGAGCCAAGUCUACCGCGGCGUCUUUGCCAAAUCCCCGAUGGAGUUCGCAGGGUGUUCGGGAGUCAAGCUCGGAAACCGAUCCAUGUUCGCGAAGCCAGAGUUCUCCCUCACGAACAAGGGCGUCAGGUUCCACGUGUCGUCGUAUCAGUGCGAAGACGACACCUCCACGGUGAUGCCCCUGGGUCUCCAGAACGACUGUCCGACGUGCCUCGAGAGGCAUGACGUGCUCGUGCUGCUCGUCUCCACGGCCAAGGGUUGCGUGCGCACGUCUUCCGAGAGAUGCUGCCCGUGGCCGGCCGGGGAACGGAACCAGGACAAGGACAUAUACACGUGCAAGCAGGUCGACCCCCUGGAGAGCGCCGCCCUCGAACAGCUCGUGCGCCGCCCGCUGAGGCUGUCGUACAGGUUCGACCCGGGCGCGCUCAAGUCCAUCGACCCGUACCCCACCGACUUCUGGGACUUUGGCUUUUACGGGUACAGCGGCGACGCGUUCUCGGAGGACUUCACGGGCUACAUCAACGUCUACGCCGAGUUCAAGGAGCCGCUGGUGCUGGCCAUGCUGAUUUUCAAGAUAGCGGGCCAGGAUCCCGACGUGGAGAUUUACGCAGUGCCCAUAUCCGACGAGAAGAUAUGGGAAGUCGCCGAGGAUAGCAGUUUUCGCGCUCUCUACGGCCAAGGCCGCAUCGAGAUUGACGGGCUUUUCGCAAAGUACAAACUCGCAAAGGAAAGCGGGGAGUAUCAGCCAAAGGCGAAUGUGAAGGUCCAGAGACUCGGUGAGCCGGACGGGCGGCCCCGCAGCGUAAUGUUUGAUGCCGUCGUCGAGGAGGGCCCCAGGAUUGUGCUACACCAGAACUGCGAGUAUGACUCUGAAGACUCUGGGGACGCGAAGGACUGGGAAGAUGUACACUCAGACUCCGCAAAUUCGGAGUUUGGUGGUUCUCAAAUAGCAAGGAGUUAG